AUGGAGAACUCUCAGCAGGACGAGGUGCAUAAGACAUUAACAGAAAUUUCUCGAUGGAACAUGCCGGUGACAGCAGCUAUUGAUGAGGAAAGAUGUGAGUGCAACAGGGACCAGGGGAGGAAGCCAGCAAAGCAGGAGGAUGAAGUCAGCAAGUUCCCAGAAGGUCUUACAGCUGCUGGUAAGGAAACCUCCUUGGUACACUUGAGGCCCAAGAAGCGCUCAGUCUCCAACUACGGCCAAAAGCGCAACUACCGAUUAGGACGCGUCAUGAAACAUGCUGGAGAGAAACACUAUCACUCUCCCACAUCAGGGGAAAGCACCCAGCAAAAAACAUGCCUUCUGGCACACCAGGGAAUCCAACCUGGGGGAAAAUUGUACGACUGCUCUGAAUGUGGGAAGAGCUUCUCUACAAGAUCUACAUUUCUUAGACAUAAGAAAAUCCACACCAGGGAGAGUCCCUUUGAAUGCCUCGAGUGUGGGAAAAGCUUUAAUCAGAGAACAAACCUUUUGAGACAUCAGAAGAUCCAUACGGGCGAGAAAGUGCAUGAAUGCCCCAAGUGUGGGAAAAAGUUCUAUCGGAAAGAUAAGUUGAUUCGGCACCAGAGAAUUCAUACCGGGGAGAAACCACAUGAAUGUCCGGAGUGUGGCAAAAGCUUUGGGGUUAAGGAGAGUUUACGUAGACACCAGACAAUUCAUCUUGGAUACUGA